GAUGCCCAGACAGUUUCCAAAGCUGAACAUCUCUGAGGUUGAUGAGCAAGUGCGACUUCUAGCAGAGAAGGUGUUUGCUAAAGUACUCCAAGAAGAAGACAGCAAAGAUGCCUUGUCACUGUUCACCGUGCCUGAAGACUGCCCUAUUGGGCAGACAGAGGCCAAGGAAAGGGAACUGCAGAAGGAACUGGCAGAACAACAGUCUGUGGAAACAGCUAAAAGGAAGAAAAGUUUCAAGAUGAUUCGAUCCCAGUCUUUGUCGUUACAAAUUCCAUCUCAGGAAUGGAAAGCACCAUCAGCCAAUCCUAUUCUGUCACCUGCAACACCAGUUCUUCCAAGUGCUUUUCUGCCAGCCCAAGUGCCAUAUGAUGUACCAGAGUUUCAGAGAGUUUCAAUUAGUGGGGACUACUGUGCAGGGGUUACAGUUGAUGAUUAUGAACAAGCUGCCAAGAGCCUGGUGAAAGCUCUUCUCAUUCGAGAAAAGUAUUCACGUCUUGCCUACCAUCGCUUCCCAAGAACAACAUCUCAGUAUUUGUGUAGCAUGCGAGGUGAAAAAUGGAAGGUUGAAGAUGAAGUGUAUCCAGAAUUCCAUUCACCCCCAGAAGAAAAUGAAGAUCCUUACAAUCUCGAUGAUGCUCCAGACAAUUUGGAUUAUGUUAUCAAGAUAAAAGGUGGCAUUCCCUUUGUUUAUGAUAACAAAGAAAUGAUGGAACUCAAUGAGCCUCGGAGUCUGCCAUAUCCUGACCUGGAGACCUAUACCCUUGAUCUGAGCCAUGUUCUUGCUCUAAUUGCAGAUGGUCCAACAAAAACAUAUUGUCAUCGGAGGCUUAACUUUUUAGAAUCUAAAUUUAGUUUACAUGAGAUGUUAAAUGAAAUGUCGGAAUUUAAAGAACUAAAGAGUAAUCCCCAUCGAGACUUUUAUAAUGUGAGAAAGGUUGAUACUCAUAUCCACGCUGCUGCUUGCAUGAACCAGAAACACUUGUUGAGGUUUAUUAAGCACACGUAUCAAACGGAGCCCAACAGGAUUGUUGCAGAGAAAAAAGGCAAGAAGAUGACUUUAAAGCAAGUCUUCGAAAGCCUUCACAUGGACCCUUAUGACCUCACUGUAGACUCUUUAGAUGUCCAUGCAGGUCGUCAAACAUUUCAUCGAUUUGACAAAUUCAAUUCCAAGUACAAUCCAGUUGGUGCCAGUGAGCUGAGGGACUUGUAUUUGAAAACUGAAAACUAUAUUGGUGGUGAAUAUUUUGCUCGUAUGGUAAAGGAAGUAGCCCGUGAACUGGAAGAAAGUAAAUACCAGUACACAGAACCCCGCUUAUCCAUUUAUGGACGGUCUCCAGAUGAAUGGCUGAACUUGGCAAAAUGGUUCAUCAAACAUAAAGUUUAUUCCCCUAAUAUGCGCUGGAUAAUUCAGGUUCCCAGAAUCUAUGACAUAUUUAGGUCAAAAAAUAUUCUGCCUAGUUUUGGGAAGAUGUUGGAGAACAUCUUUGUACCUUUAUUUGAAGCAACAAUCAAUCCCAAAGACCACAAAGAAUUGCACCUUUUCCUCAAAUAUGUGACUGGCUUUGACAGUGUUGAUGAUGAAUCCAAACAUAGUGGCCACAUGUUCUCUGACAAGAGCCUUAACCCUGACCUCUGGACCAGUGAGAAGAAUCCCCCAUACAGCUAUUAUUUAUAUUAUAUGUAUGUGAACAUCAUGUUGCUAAACAACCUUAGGAGACAGAAAUUCUGUCAGAACUUAUGCAUUCCUUCUUUACCUCAAGAUCAUUUCAACUACAGCAUGUGUACUUUUCUGUUUCGACCUCACUGUGGAGAAGCUGGGUCUAUCACACACCUUGUAUCAGCCUUUCUGACAGCAGACAACAUUUCUCAUGGAUUGCUCUUGAAGAAGAGUCCUGUCCUCCAGUAUCUCUAUUAUCUUGCACAAAUACCCAUUGCUAUGUCUCCACUUAGUAACAACAGCCUGUUCCUGGAGUACUCAAAAAAUCCACUACGGGAAUUUCUACACAAGGGACUUCAUGUCUCCCUCUCCACAGAUGACCCUAUGCAGUUUCAUUAUACCAAGGAAGCUCUCAUGGAAGAAUAUGCUAUUGCAGCCCAGGUGUGGAAACUAAGUACCUGUGACUUGUGUGAAAUAGCAAGAAACAGCGUACUACAGAGCGGAUUGUCAGAUAAG